GAUUUCCCCAAGUGGGACCAUUUGAAGCAUAUGACUGCUGUAGACAACACUUGGUUCCUGAGGGAAGCCUCAUCUUCUAGAAUUAUAACUUUUGGCUCUUGGAUUGACUCUAGGGUUCCAUCUCUGUGGUUUUCUUUUUAUUCCUCUGCCCCUGCUGGCUCUAGUUAUGGUCUGAAAUUCUGGAUGAUAAUGUGACUUGAUUUAGAAAUCUAGGAAGAGAUGUAUCUCAAGUGUUGGUUGGGAAAGCAGGAUUGAAAUCCAACAGUUGUGAGAUUUCAAUGUUUAGUCUGCAUCAUAUCUGAAAAAUUCACUCUGAAGUUCUCUGAAGAAGAUAGGGUGGAAGAAAUCCCAUGGUCCACCACAAAUGGAUGCUUUCUUGAGGAGGGAGCAAUUCUUGUCUCCUCCCCAAAUGAAGCUGUUACAUCUUUUGGGAAGGAUUUGAGGGUGGAGAGAGUAUAACUUUCCCAUUACUUGAACAGUUCAGGCUCAUUGGGCUUUCUAGUGAACCUCAUCCCUCUCUUGAAACUUGCUCCAGGUCACAUCCACAGAACCUGCUCUCACAGACACCCUCCUCUUCUCUCAUUGGCUCCACCUUUAUUUUCCUGAUGGAAAACACAUCUGUGGUCAUUGACCUUGGCGGUGACUGGUGCAGAACUGGCCUAGGAGGAAGAAAUCAUCCAAUGUUAGCAGUUCCUGAAGUCAUCGGAUACCAGUCCUACCCAGAGAACCCAGGGCCAAGCAAUCCCAAGACAAGGAAGAUUAUAGGUGUUGCUAACUUGCCCCUACUCCGGCAGAUACCUACUGAGUUUCUUGUCCAACGACGCGAGGUCACAAACUGGGAUGCUAUGGAGACAGUUUUGAAAUAUAGCUAUGAGCACCUUAAGCUCAAGGCUGAGGACCAUCCUGUGCUGCUAACAGGGUUUCUAGUGAAUUCUUUGAAUCACCGGCAGAAGUUGAUGGAGAUCAUGAUGGAGAGUUUUAAUGUUCCGUCUGUGUAUAUCGGCAACCACGCUGAGCUUUGUCUUUUUGGCUCAGGCUUUUUGACAGGGUUGGUCUUGCACUCUGGGACUGGAAUCACCUCUAUCUCACCUGUUUGCAAUGGCAAAGUCAAGGAGUUAUCCACCAAGGUUUUUGAGAUGGCUGGGAUAGAUGUCAGCUUAUUUCUACACAAAGCUCUGUUUAACAAAAACAUGAACUUGGACAGCCUAUCUCAGCGGAAUGAUAUGGACAUAGUAAAGGAGAAGUUAUGCUAUGUAAGCAAACAUCCUAAUCAGAAAGACUCUGCUGUGGACUCGGUGUCCAGUCUCCCUACAAUGACUGCCCUCCCUGACGGGAAGAUCAUCACCCUGGCCAAAGAACUGCGUACUUCUCCUGAUAUGUUCUUCUGGACUUCCCACGGUGAUUUUCCAAAUUUGGACCUAAGCUCAGAAGUUAUUGAGACGGUCAUAAAAUGUGACACAGAGGAGCGGGCCAUCCUCUUCUCCAAUGUGGUCCUUUCUGGGGGCAAUACCCUCUUCUCUGGCUUCCCAGAGCGUCUUCUCUGGGAGCUGAAUAACAUCAGACCCCACUGGUUCCCAGCUCAGAUUGUGUCUCGGCCAAAUCGGGUCUUCUCUCAUGGGUGGGAGGGUCCAUCGUGUCCUGCCUAUCAACCUUCCACAACCAAUACUUGACCAAUAAGGAAUAUCAAGAAGCAACACAGGCUUUGGGCUUUUAAGGAACUAGAUUAGUGGGCAAUAUCUAUCUGGGCACGGGAAAAACUUGGUCCUUGAGGAAAGCAUCUUCUGUGGUUCUAACAUUAGGGUCUGGAGGGAUCGUUGCUUUGUUCUGGGAUUCUAGAUCUGGUGUUCCUUUUAUUCUCUGGUAUUGGGGAUAUCUUGCAAUGGAUAUCUGAUUUUGGGAUGCAGUAAAGAGUGCUCAAUAGUUGUGAGCAGUAACUCCUUCAGGCUCCUUUCUCUGGAGAGCUACAAGGGACAGAGUCGAAUCAAGAACAGCUGCUACUAGUUAAUUAAGCUCUGGGCCUCCCUGCAUCUAGGCGGCAUCCUGGCUUAAGUAUGAGUUAUGAAGUGCUCUGUGGGGGCAGGUACUUCCAAAUGCCACCUAAAUUGGGACUGGUACAUCUUUUUGGUAAGGGGGAUAUAUACGACAAGAGCUUGCUCUCCUAUGACUUAAAUGUUUGAGGUAGCUGGGCCCUCCAGAGAACUUCUCUUCCUAAGUCAGGCUCUUGGUUCAUUUUUCCCUGCAUAUCUCUCUCUCUCUCUCUCUCUCUCUCUCCCUCUCCCUUCUCUCUCUCUCUUCCUGAAUUCCCUCAGGGAAUGAGCAUUUAGAUGUAAAAUCCCCUACAGCAUAUCCUCCACAAGCAAAACUAUUUUUUCCCAGAUGUUUCUCAGUGCCUCAGCCUUGCAGACUGUGGUAGAAGUUUAUGUUCUCUUGGGAUGCACUGUUUACAUGCUGUGUGCCCAUGUGGGGGUGGGGAGGAAGGUCAGCACCUCCAUAUCUAAGGGGUUACAGUGAGAGUUGGAGAGGAGGUUUGGACUGAGAUGCAGAUCCAUGCAAUUCUCUCCUAUUGCCUGGGGAACGGUUGAUUGUUCUGGAGCCCUUGCUCUGUGCUAUGGGACUGGCAGUGCCAUGCAUAUAACUCCUGCCCAGUCUCCAUAGGGGAGCUGUUCUGUUCUGAAAUGCCUUCUUUUUAAUUGUAUAUGAAAAUCUAAUAAACUUGAAAGCAUUGUGA